CAGACACCGACUGUCAAAAGUGUCAAAAGUGUCAAAAGCAAGAGCAAGCAAGAGUAAUAAAGAUUUCUCAUUUUAAAAAAUUUAUUUAUUAAAUAUUCUACCCUUGUAAAGUGUAAAAAUACUUUUAAUUUGUUAGCAGAAAAGUUGGAAAAUUAGUAAAUAAAAAGUGUAUAAUCUUAAUAAUAUCAAAGUUGUUGUAAAAGAUUCAACGAAGAAAUUAGAUAAAAAUGAGAAGAAAAGCUGGAAUAGGAGCAAUUCAUAAACAAAAGCUCGAGCAAGAAAAAUACAAAGACAAAGGUACAGAAAUUCAGGAAAAUCAAUUUGAACAAAUGACAAAACAAAUGGAAACAUUUCGCAUAAAUCUCGAAGAAUUUGCAACAAAGCAUAAAACAGAAAUAAAAAAGAAUGCACAAUUUCGUCGACAAUUCACCGAGAUGUGCGCAUCAAUUGGUGUCGAUCCAUUAGCAUCGGGUAAAGGUUUUUGGUCAGUACUUGGAAUUGGUGAUUUUUAUUAUGAACUUGCAGUGCAAAUUGUCGAAGUAUGUUUAGCAACAAAUGAAAAGAAUGGUGGUUUAAUAUCACUCGAUGAAUUACGCGAACGUUUAAUUCAAGCACGAGGAAGACGUAAGGAACAUCAGGAAAUAACCAACGAUGAUCUUUUGGCAGCAGCGAAAAAAUUGAAAAUUUUUGGCAAUGGCUUUUCCGUCGUUCCAAUUGGUCGCGGUAAAUAUUUAGUGCAAUCGGUACCUGGCGAAUUGAGUAUGGAUCAUACGGCGGUAUUACAGCAAGUUAGUUUAUCGGGAAAUGCUUUUAUUUCGAAAAGUGUUUUACAAAAGGAACUCAAGUGGGAGGAUGGAAGAGCGGAGAAAGCUCUCAAUCAUAUGGUUAAAGAAGGAUUGGCCUGGCUCGACAAUCAAGGAGAAGAAGAAAUUUUAUAUUGGUUUCCAAGUUUGUUCACUGCUUGCAUUAUGUCGAAAGAAUAGUUUUCAUUUUUUUUAACUGUUAAUUAAUUAAGAGAAUAAUUUUACUUUAAAUUUGAACUGUACGAAAUUUUAUUUUCAGAAUAAAAUAAUAAUUUUGUUAUGGAAA